AUGGGUAAACAUAGAGCCAGUAAACGUCAAAGUUUACAUCAUAAACAUAAAGUUGAAAAAAAAGUAGCAGAACACAGACGUAAGGUUAGAAAAUUUGCCAAGGAACAUCCAGAAUUAAAUAAAGCAAAGAAGGAUCCAGGUAUUCCAAAUUUAUGGCCAUUCAAAGAAGAUUUAUUAACAAAGAUUGAAAAUCACAAACAACAAUUAAGUGAAGAAAAGAAGAAAAAGAAAGAACAAAGAAGACUUGAACAAAUGGCAUCAGCAAGAAAAGAUGUUGCAUCAAUGGUUCAAGAUGCUAAAAGACGUGAAAGUGAAUUUGAAAGAAAACAAGAAGAAUUAGAAGAAAGAAUGUCAAAAGGUACUUUUGAAAAAGAAAGAUCAGAUAAUUCAUUAAGAUCAUUCUACAGAGAAGUUAAAAAGGUUAUUGAAGCAGCAGAUGUUAUUAUUCAAGUUUUAGAUGCCCGUGAUCCAAUGGGUUGUCGUUGUCUCGAUAUCGAAAAAAUGAUUCUCGAAAGAUACACAAACAAAAAAAUUGUUUUAGUUUUAAACAAGAUCGAUUUAGUUCCACGUGAAAACGUUCAAAUGUGGCUUAAGUAUCUUCGUAAUUUCUACCCAACUCUUGCCUUCAAAUGUUCCACCCAAAACCAACGUCGUAAUCUCGGUCAAAGUUCAAUCAAUGCCGAAACAGCCACCCAAGACGCUCUUAAUAGCACUGAAAGUUUAGGUGCCGAACAACUUUUACAAUUAUUAAAAAAUUACAGUCGUUCUUUAAAUAUCAAGACUUCAGUUUCAGUUGGUAUCAUUGGUUACCCAAAUGUCGGUAAAAGUUCAUUAAUUAAUUCAUUAAAGAGAACCCGUUCAGUUGGUGUUGGUGCUACUCCAGGUUUCACAAAGAUUGCUCAAGAAGUUCAUUUAGAUAAAAACGUUAAAUUACUCGACUCACCAGGUAUUGUUCCAGUUAAAGGUAAUGUCGACGAAAAUAUUAUUCUCCGUAAUGUUGUCAAACUCGAAAAAGUUGCUGAUCCAAUUGCACCAGUAGAAGCUAUCCUUCAACGUUGUUCACAAAAACAAAUUCUCGAAAUCUACGAAAUUGCUGAAUUCUCUUCAACUGUCGAGUUUUUAUCACAAGUCGCAAAUAAACGUAAGAAAGUAGGAAAAGGUGGUAUUGCUGAUUUACAUGCUACUGCUCUCAGUGUCAUUCGUGAUUGGACUGGUGGUAAAAUUCCAUUCUAUACCCAACCACCUAAAAUUCAAGUUAAAUCAACUAUUGUUAAUCAAUUCUCUGAUGAACUUAACAUUGAUCAAACCGAUCUUUUAUCAACUAUUUCAAAUGCUGGUACCUCAUUCGCUUCACUUAAAUCAUCAGAACCAGUUGUUGGCGAUUUAGACGAAUCAUUAUUUGAUGAAGAAGAUGAAGAUGAUGAAGAAGAAAUGGAAGAAGAUGAUGAUGAAGAAGAAAUGGAAGAUGAAGAAGAAGAAGAAGAAGACGAGGAAGAAAUGGACGAAGACGAAGAUGAUGAUAUGGAUUUACUUCGUUAUCAACAACAAAAACAAAUUGUUCAAUCCAAAGUUACUAAACAAGUUUCAAAUAAUAAAGCUAAAGUUCAAAAUCUUAAAGAUGAAAACGACCAAUAUAAUCCACAACAAAAUAAAAGCCUCAAAAAGCAAAACAAAAAACUUAAAAAGAAAUUCGGUAUCGUUUCACUUAACAACACUAAACAAGAUUAUAGCGACGAUGAUGAACAAGUCGACGAUAAUGAAGAUGAUGAAGAUAUUGAUGAAGGUGAAGUUUUUUAA